GAGUGAAGAAGCGUGAUGUCUGGAAGAGGCAAAGGAGGCAAAGGCCUGGGAAAAGGCGGAGGGAAGCGGCACCGCAAAGUGCUCCGUGAUAACAUCCAGGGCAUCACCAAACCAGCCAUCCGGCGCCUGGCCCGCCGUGGCGGGGUCAAGCGCAUCUCGGGCUUGAUCUACGAGGAGUCCCGCGGGGUGCUGAAGGUUUUCCUGGAGAAUGUGAUCAGGGAUGCGGUCACCUACACUGAGCACGCCAAGCGCAAGACAGUCACCGCCAUGGAUGUGGUGUACGCUCUGAAACGCCAGGGCCGCACUCUCUAUGGAUUCGGCGGCUGAGGAAAACGCGACCCUUUUCCAGCGAACCCAAA